AUGGACAAUCCGCCUACCAGUACGACCAACAUCCACACCAUCGUCAAAGCCCAGAUUGUUUUUCUUCUAUCGACACUGACUGAGGAAAACUUUGAGCGGAAUCAGGUGGAAAUUCGUUCGCUCUCGGAACAGCAUGGAAUAGACACUUACCUUCAUUUCAUCCGUCGGUUAAUCGUUGCUUCCCAGUCCCGACUUGCUGCCGGCCCACCCCCUGCCUUUGACGCCUCCACCUCCCUCACUUUUCGACUUCUUGUCCAGGAAACCCAACGUCUCGCGCGCGACCCUUUUCUCGCUGACCGUUUCCGCGACGGCAUCGACAAAGGCGAAGGCGACGUCUUCAGGAACUUUGAUUUCCUUCGCUUCGUGGAUCGCAUCGGCCUUCGCCCGCUCGAGCGUCUCGUUCUUGCAUCGUCCGUGGCUUCCGCCACUCGCAAAGACCUCGCAAGCCAGGCUGUUGCUGUCAUAAAAUCAGAGCUGAAGGAGGCAGCGGCUACUCUAUAUCGCGCGAAUCCGUCGUUUGACCACGCGGAUUUGUCGCCUAACCAGGUGGCGAAGCUACUGUCGAACUUGCUGUCGGAUCUUCCUCUGGAAUCCCUCAUUUUGGAUUAUCCCGAGCGGAACGCGCUGAUUGUCGCUGCACAGACCAAGUACGGGCAAGAAACGGUAACACCGAUGCUUCAUCGCAUUCUUCCGACCAUAAGCCUUCCUCCCGGCACCACACCUGUUCAGCUUCUUCUGCAACUUGGACCCGAAAUAACCAGUGAUCCUGACGUCGUUCGCUCGCUCUUGGUGCGGUUUGGGAUAUCGGAAGCGAGUCCACCGACUGAUGUUCAAGUCGUGGAAAUGAUGUCAACACUAGCUCGUCAUGCGGCGGAAGGCACAACGCUAUGUGAUGUCUCUUCGCUUGUUAGGGCGCUCUCUUCUUUUCCUGUUAAUAUCAACUGGGCGAAUGUUAUCAAGUCCUUCGACUGGCCAGACCGUCAUGGCGUUGAUACUGCCACGCUGAAGCUUCUCAUUGCUAUCUUACUGAGCUGUCCACGAGACGGCGAGCCUCAUGCCGUCACCGGAUUCUGGUCAACCUGGUCAAACUCCCUCUAUCAACUCCGCCUCCUUGACGCCCUUCUAUCCCUCCCCGCCGACACCUUUAACUUUGUCCAGCUCCCUGGCCGCAGAAUAGUCACUGUUGACGAUGUAUCGGUUGCCAGCCCGACUAUCAAGGCUCUUGCAGCAAACGUUCAAGGCCACACAUGGAAUUCCCUUGAGCUCUUUGAAGACUCCGAGUCUGUUGAGAUCAGGAAUUGCGUGCGUGAAAUGCUUGACAAGGCCAUCAAAAUCAGCGCAGAGCUUGUUCAUAUGGGUCUCCUCCAAGUUCCAGACCAAAAUUGGAAUGAAAUACGGACAGAAUAUUCGCGUAAACUCCUCACAAUGUUCCUUGGCGGACAUCCGAAUCACCAAUUGGUCUUUAUGAGGAUAUGGCAAAUAGAACCCACAUACCUAACAAGCGCUUUUCGAGACUUCUAUCAAGAAAAUCCUCUCAAUAUCACCCGUAUUCUUGACGUGGCGCAAGAUCUCAAGAUUUUGGAGGCUCUCCUAGAAGUUCGUCCAUUUGCGUUCGCUCUUGAUGUCGCAGCCCUUGCUUCUCGGAGAGAUGGCUUGCAGGAUAAUGUGACUAACCAUGGGGGAGAGUUCCUGCACGCUGUCGUUGACUUCCUCGAAGACAAAAUGGCUAAUGAGAGGACAACGCGCAUAUCAGACCCUCAAGUGGAAAGUCGUACAAUGUCUCUCAGUGCUAGCACAAUCACGAUCAUUCUUCGCGUCCUUCGUAACAGCACUAGCCAAAUGGAAGAAGAGGACCUUCACCGCAGUGUGGAAGUUCGCAACUCCUGUCUUCAGAUACAUCCCCGCCUUAUGAGUCUGAUCCCCGGCUCUGACGUCGAACCUGGUUCUACUGUUGUCAGCUAUUCCACCGAGAUCGAGGCCGAGGUCGAUGGCAUCUACAAGCAGAUGUAUGAUGAGAACAUCACCAUCGACGAAGUCAUCGCCAUGUUGCAACGACACAAAGAAUCCACUAAUACCCGCGACCAUGAAGUUUUUUCUUGCAUGCUCCACUUCCUAUUCGACGAAUACAAAUUCUUCCAAUCAUACUACCCUGCUCGCGAGUUGUCGAUGACAGGCUACCUUUUCGGUUCACUGAUCCAGCAUCAGCUCAUUGACUAUAUCCCACUUGGCAUCGCCAUUCGCUACGUCUUGGAUGCAUUGCUUUGUCCACCUGAAACAAAUCUCUUCAAGUUUGGUGUUCAAGCUUUGAAUAGGUUUGAGUUCAGGCUAGCUGAAUGGAGGCCGUUGUGUGAAAAGUUGGUGGAAAUCCCUGCGCUGGCCGAAGCAAAGCCAGAACUAAUUGCAAGCAUCCAGCGGCAUCUGGUAUCAUCGUCAGCGGAUGGCACUGUCAAUGGGGAUAUUCGCUCCCUGUCGAUUGGGCCUCCCGCCGAACCGCUGCCCGUUUUUACCGCCAUCCACCCUGACAACAUCGAAGGCCAGAUUGAACAACCGCCGGAAGAAUUGUCUGACAAAAUCCUUUUCAUUGUUAAUAACUUGGCUCCGACUAAUUUCGACGCCAAGUUAACCGAAAUGAAGGAGUUGUUUGACGACGGAUACUCGAGGUGGUUUGCGAACUACUUGGUGGAUCAACGAGUCAGUUCAGAACCCAACAAUCAUGGUCUCUACCUGCGCUUCCUUGAAGCAUUGGAUUCCAAGCUGCUCACGAAGUUUAUCCUUCAUGAAACAUUUGUCAAGUCCAUGAGCAUGCUUAACUCGGAGCGGUCGAUGCAAUCGGGAACCGAACGGAACAUUCUCAAAAACGUUGGGUCAUGGCUUGGCUCAAUUACUUUGGCUCGUGAUAUUCCCAUCAAGUACAAAAACCUGUCGUUCAAAGACCUCCUUCUCGAGGGAUACGAAAGUGGGCGACUGGUUGUUGCGAUACCCUUUGUAUGCAAAACACUUGAGGGAUGCUCGAAGUCUAGAGUCUUCAAGCCUCCAAACCCCUGGCUGAUGGCUGUAGUCAGUCUGUUGGCAGAGUUCUAUUUCUUUGCGGAGCUGCGGUUGAACUUCAAGUUUGAAAUCGAGCUGUUGUGCACUGCACUCGAAAUCAACCUUGAAACAAUCGAACCCACGACUGUUCUUCGUAACAGACCGAUGACAGACACGCUUGCAGGUCCACCACUUCCGGAUUACGUUCCCGAUAUUGAAUCGUUACCCAUUGGAGGAGGAUACGACCCUUCUGCGCACUUGGUGCCCGGAGCUGAGUCUCAAGUUAUUCCUCUUGGUCCGACUAGUCCUGCAGAUACGCAACGAGUUCUGGGUGCGCAUAUUGAAUCAAUUCUUUCAACGCUUGCCAUGCACGUGCACGUGAACCCUCAGCUUGCCCCCCUACAUCUGAACCCGGCGUUCAAGAGGUCCGUCCAGCUUUCUGUCGAUAGGUCUGUUCGGGAGAUAAUUUUACCAGUUGUGGAGAGAUCUGUUACUAUCGCUGGGAUAUCAACGAGAGAGCUGGUGGUCAAGGAUUUCGCCUCGGAACCAAAUGAGGACAAACUUCGAAAGGCGGCCCACCUGAUGGGGCAGAAAUUAGCAGGAAGUUUAGCCCUGGUAACAUGCAAGGAACCGCUCAAAAGUAAUCUUGCGGCGCAUCUGCGUGCAUACCUGGCAGAUCACGGCUUCCAGGAGGUCGCACAGCAGGACGCAGUCAUUUUGAUCCUCGUACAGGACAAUUUAGACACGGCCUGUUCUGCGAUUGAGAAAGCGGCAAUGGAGCGCGCAGUGACUGACGUCGACGAUGCAUUCGCUACUGCCUACGAAGCACGUCAUCGUCAUCGCGAGCUUCGCAACGGUCAAAGUUUCUGGGACCCUGCUGUCCCACAUAACAAUUUCUCAAAUUCUCUUCCAGACCCGCUUCGAGUCAGACCCACCGGCGUCCAGGCCGCUCAAGCUUCUGUCUAUGAAGACUUCGGGAUUGAUCCAAGGCGACGCGCAACAAGUAGGCCCAGUUCGACAAUUUCUUACAACCCGUAUACUCCUUCACCUGCUCCCGAUGCGCUCAUGAGCCAGCAACAGUAUUUGACCCAUGAAGAAGCUAUGAACCGCUUUUCUGUUGUCACUCGUGAUCUGGAGGCUGUUAUGAUCCAGAUUCCUGUUCAGAACUUCGCUGCCCUCCCACAUAAUCAUGAUAUUCGGCAUCUCGUUCGACAAGUCGUCUUUAUUGGUAUGGAGUGCGCUGAUCGCCAAAAGACACCACUGCUGCUGUCUCAGAAAAUUGUCCAACUACUCUACAAGACACCCACACAGUUGGGCAGGGAUGUAUACGUGACGUUAUUAGACCAGCUUUGCCGGACAUAUGAGGACGUGGGCAAAGAAGCCAUAAACUGGCUCCUGUAUGCAGAAGAUGAGCGUAAAUUUAAUGUACCGGUCACCGUCACACUCUUGGGUAGUGGUUUGGUGCCCAUCACAUUGCAAGAUCAACAGCUAGCCAAAUCCUUGUUUUCGGAUCCCCGACCCAGUUUACUUCUUUUCGCUGCCAGUUUGAUUCGGCAGUGUCUGUUCAGUGAACCUCCGAUCCUAACGCAAAGCCAAUUUGCCCUGUCCAUCGAGGUUUUGAAUCAGCUGGCCCAGGCGGGUAGAGCCAACGAAGAAGUGAACCGAUUGCUGGACGACAUUAUCGGAACUCGACGCCCUAUUGGACCUAGUCCUGGGACCCCUGCUGUGCCCCAGCCUUCGGGCAAGCCCGAGACAGAGCAGAUACGGGAAAAAUUAUUCGCCUGGUUCCAACAAUGGGUGAACAUAUAUCAACGCUCUCAUACACCGGAAAAGAGCUUCGUUCCCUUCAUCACGCAGCUUACGAAACAGGGAAUCCUCAAGGCCGAAGAGAUGUCUUCCCUCUUUUUCAGGGUUUGCGCGGAAUCUAGCGUGAAUAGCUACCUGAAAUGCGUUCAGAACAAUGAUUAUCAUCAUGCCUUCCAAGCUUUGGAUGCUAUGUCGAGGCUUAUCUCAUACAUGAUCAAAUACCAUGGGGAUGCUUCGGGUGUCAAUAAUGACCAAGCGAAGGUCCAUUAUCUUACCAAGAUCCUGUCUAUCUUUGUCCUUGUGCUGGCUAAUAUGCAUGAGGACCAAGGCGUGUCCUUCCAGCAGAAACCAUUCUUCAGAUUUUUCUCAAGUCUGAUCAAUGACUUUCAUUCCAUGGAAGCGCAUUUGGGUACGGCAUACUUCCAGUUGCUCUUGGCCAUAAGUGACGCAUUCAGCUCCUUACAACCUACUUACUUCCCUGGCUUCUCGUUCUCGUGGAUGUGCCUGAUUUCUCACAGACUGUUUAUGCCGAAGUUGCUCAAGUCUGAAAAUCGUGAGGGAUGGUCGGCGUUCCAUAAAUUAUUGCUCUCGCUCUUUAAAUUCCUUUCGCCAUUCCUGAGAGAUGCGGAUCUCCAGCAUGCCUCACGGGACCUAUACCGUGGCGCGCUUCGCAUCCUUUUGGUCCUGCUUCACGACUUCCCUGAGUUCCUCAGCGAAUAUUACUUCUCCCUCUGCGACGCCAUUCCUCCCCGAUGCAUCCAACUCCGUAACAUCAUUCUCAGCUCGUUCCCUGCUUCCGUCACCUUACCUGAUCCUCAUCUCCGUGGCCAAACAUUCGAGUCUAUCCCUGAGAUGGGCAUCAUACCUCCUAUCCUCUCCGAAUUCACUUCCGGACUGAAAAACGGUGACCUGAAAGCUCUCCUCGACCAGUAUCUGCUGAAUCGAGGCGCGUCACCGACGUUGCUUCCUUCGCUGAAAGAACACAUCAUGCCGGCGGGUACUCCGGAUGGGUCCGGAGAAUACUACAACCUAUCCUUCAUCAACAGCCUUGUCAUGUACAUCGGUGUUUCCUCAGUCGCCCAAAUCAAGUCUCGAAGUGGAUCUCGUGUGUUCUCCCCCACUGAUCCUGGUGCGAUUGCUUUGCAAUACCUGGCCGCCAACCUAGACGUUGAAGGCCAGCACCACCUUCUAAGUGCCAUUGUGCUACAUCUGCGCUACCCUAAUGCCCAUACACAUUGGUUCAGCUGCCUACUAUUGCACCUCUUCUUAGAAGUACAAGAUGAGCGCUUCAGAGAGGUACUGACCAAGGUCCUUUUGGAACGGUUCAUCGUCCAUCGGCCUCACCCAUGGGGAGCUCUGGCUACAUUUAUCGAAUUGCUUCGUAAUACGCCGAAGUACGAUUUCUGGUCGAAGGACUUCAUCAACAUCGCUCCUGAGGUUAGACUCCUACUCGACAAUGUUGCUAAGGCUAUCUUCUCCCAACAGUAG